AUGAGUUUGUCUACCGUUACACCGGAGCUUCCUAUGCAUUUAGUGACGGAUGAGAUUCUCACGAGAUUGCCUUCGAAAUCCCUGAUGGGAUUCAUGUGCGUUUCAAAGCCCUGGUUAUCACUCAUCCGCUCACGUUAUUUCUGUAACCGUUUCCUCACCGUCCCAUCCCCUCGUCUUUACAUGUGUUUACGGGAUCAAACCACCUACGAUGACUAUGUCCUACUCACACUGGCUCCUCAAGACACUGGGCCCGCUACGUCUACCUUUGUAGUUGACCACAGUCAGAACGACACACAGAUGGGAGGUUACAUCUUGCAAAAUCUUGGUGGCUUCAUGUUCUACGUCUAUUGGAAAAAACCUCGCAUCCAUAACCCUGCCACCGGACAAUUUAUCACCUUACCCUUCAGCAAAUCCAAGCACAUGGUCGUACCUCCAGGAGGAGAAAAAAACGUGGCCUAUUUUUUCGGAUACGACCCUAUUAGCAAUAAGUACAAAGUGAUCUCCCUUGUAAGCGUAUUCUUAGAAGAAACUAGGGUAGUCAUAAGUUCAGAGAAUCGAGUCCUUGUCUUGAAACAUGGACGAGGUUCUUGGAGAAAGGCUGCUCUAACUCCAACGGACUUUUGUCCUCACGUGCCUUCCAAAGGAGGAAUCUCUAUCGAUGGGGUUAUAUAUUACUUGGCUUGGCUUGAUCUUUAUAGACUUGUUGUUGUGAGUUUCGACAUUAGAUCCGAAGAGUUCAACAUGAUCCAUGUACCCAAGCUAGAUGAAAGUAUCUUGAAAGAUGAUCUCACUCUUUUGGAGUGUGGUGGAAAAGCAACUCUAUUUGACCAAAUCAAUCUUAGAGACAAGGGUGUCUUGGCUUUAUGGACUGUGGAAGAUGUCGGGAGCGAGAAAUGGUCGUGCAAGAGUUUGGUUUUGAAGCCUUCUCAGCUGCCUUUGGUUAAUAGCUUCAAGGUCAGAGCCGGUCCUAGUUAUUAUAUGGCUAGAAGCCAAUUUAAAAAAUGUGGCUGA